CUCGACUCGUUGACUUGUUCGCCAGCGGCGGGAUAGCAGAGGUUUUUACAGUAAUCUGCGGUUCAAUUACUGUUGUUACUUGUGCCGUUGUUAAUUGUGUGGUUUAUUGUGCUGUAAUUGCGUCGUGGUGAACUCAGCAUCGUCAGUCGUUGUUCCUGCCUUGUUCGCAUAUCAUCAACUUCUCCACCCGCAAAUCUCCACAUCUCCUCUCCGCCACUUCUACUCCUCCUCUCUGCAUCUUCCUGACCUCCUCACUCAACAAAAGCACUCAUGCCGAGCGAUCCGGUCGAGCCUGAGUCCAAGCCACUCCUUCCGGAUGAUGAGAAACCCACAAAGAAGCCGGAGAGAGUACACUCGAUCGAUACCAUCCUCACUUUCCAAGCAUGGAUCUAUGACCUGAUUAUCUGGUCCUGGUCGGUCGUUUUCGACCUCUUCUUUCGGGAAAUCCGGCCACGCGGUGCUUACAGGAUCCCCCGACACGGACCGAUCAUCUUCGUCGCUGCUCCUCAUGCAAACCAGUUCAUCGACCCAAUCAUGCUCAUGCGCUUGAUCCGCAACGAAGCCGGCCGCCGAGUCUCCUUCCUCAUCGCUGCCGCGUCCAUGAAGCGCAAGUUCAUCGGAACAAUCGCAAAGGCUAUCAACACCAUCCCCGUCGCGCGUGCACAAGACCUCGCAAAACCAGCGUCCGGCACAGUCUAUAUCAAAGACAGAUCAGAUACAGAGACAUUAUACGGGGAAAACACGAAAUUCACUACAGAGUGCGUCGUCGGUGGUCUAAUCAUGCUCUCCAAAAACGUUGGCACCGCAGAGAUCUCGGAGAUUGUCUCUGAUUCUGAACUAAAACUCAAGAAACCAUUCAAGGACAAAGCUCUCGACGCCCUAAGGCACGACAAGCUCACUUACAAGUCUGCUCCAAAGAUCCAACAGAAAGAAGUAUACGAGCAAGUGUUCCACUACCUCAACAAUGGCGGAUGUAUCGGCAUCUUUCCCGAAGGCGGCUCCCACGACCGGCCAGACCUGCUUCCUCUCAAGGCCGGUGUCGCAAUCAUGGCUCUCGGGGCAAUCGACCACAACCCAGACUGCAACGUCAAAAUCGUGCCCUGCGGCAUGAAUUAUUUCCACCCCCACAAAUUUCGCUCGAGAGCUGUCGUCGAGUUUGGCCCUCCUUUGGAUGUCCCGGCCGAUCUAGUCGCCAAAUAUCACGAAGGAGGCGAAGCCCGUCGCACAGCUGUCUCGACCAUGCUGGGAAUGGUGCAGAGCGCUCUGCUGGCGGUUACAGUUACCUCACCCGAUUACGACACGAUGAUGGUCAUCCAGGCUGCUCGCCGGCUAUACAAGCCUCUGCAUAAGAAAUUCCCAAUCUCGCUCACGAUCGAAAUGAACCGCCGCUUGAUUGUUGGCUACACACACUACAAGAACGAUCCGCGUAUUAUCCAUCUGCGAGAGGGAGUCACGAGAUAUAACCAAAACCUGCGGCAUUUGGGUAUCCUAGAUCAUCAGGUCGAGUACGCGACCAUGUCAACCGGGGUUAUCGCGGUUAAGCUCAUCUACCGGUCGCUCAAGCUCUCGAUCUUGCUUCUUGGUGCUCUUCCUGGAGCAAUUCUGUUUGCUCCGGUAUUUAUUGCCACCAAGAAAAUAUCAAAAGCAAAGGCCGCGCAGGCUUUGAAGGCCUCGACUGUUAAGGUCCAAGCACGCGAUGUCAUUGCGACAUGGAAGAUCCUGGUCGCUCUCGGAUUAGCUCCAGCGCUGUACUGGGUCUACGCACUUCUAGCAACCUGGAUCACCUGGAAGUACAACCUCGUACCUCAAUUCAGGCCGAUCUGGCUCGUCACGCUCUUCUUUUUGAUCCUCUUCCCGAUGAUUACCUACGCCGCGCUCCGAAUCGGCGAGAUCGGAAUGGACAUCUUCAAGUCUCUUAAACCACUCGUUACCUGUCUCAACCCCAACAAGACUACCUCACUUGCUAAACUUCGCAUCACAAGAGAAGAACUCUCGAAAGAAGUCACGGAAAUGAUCAAUUCGCUUGGUCCCGAGCUGUUCCCGGAGUUUGACUCGCAUAGGCAAAACAGCCAGCAGCUGUUUCCCGAGAACACUAUGCUGCUUCCUGACGAAAAUGCCACUGAUGGCCGCUACGACUUGGCUUAUUAAUUUCUAAUUCAUAUCUUUGUAUCAUUAUUGCAAUAAUAUUGCUUUGCAGUAACAGUAGGCAGCAACAGUAAACCC